AUGAGACACUUGUCCACUUGUUACUAUAUGGGAAUAUUAGCUAUUGCUGAUACAUCGGUAUUAGUAUUGGGAUUUACUGUGGCAUGGACAUAUUUAGUGAAUAAAAAGUGGUCAUUAUUGUUGCAAUCCAGUUAUACAUGUAAAUUGCUUUCUGUGUUAUUUUAUACGGUCGCCGACUAUUCCGUUUGGCUAGUGGUGAUGAUGAGUGUUGAUCGUUGCAUUGCUGUUGCAAAACCAUUGCAUGUCAACUCUAUUUGUACAGUAAAGCGAGCAAAAUUUUGUGUUUGUUUAUUAGUAUUCAGUUCAUUUUCGAUUAAUGCUCAUUUUAUAUUUACCCAUAAACUGUUUCAGAAUGAUACAGAAUGUUCUUCUUUUCCUGAAUAUGAAUAUUUUAUUAUACGUAUUUGGCCAUGGGUUGAUGCUGCUGUUUAUUCUGUGCUACCGUUUAUUUUACUGUUAACAACAAAUCUAAUCAUCGUUCAACGUUUAUUUUAUGCUAGAAGAUCGAGUGAUAAAUUACAAAUAUAUCAGAAUAAUACAAAUGCUCGUGCAAAGCUAAAUAGUUCAAUGAGUAGAAAACUGACAACAAUGUUAUUAUCUGUCACAUUCUUCUUCCUAUUUACAUCAUUACCGUUGGUCUGUUUACAAUUGUAUCAAAAUAUUAAUCAUAAUGCGAAUAUUUCAACAAGAAUAACAUCGUAUUUAAAACCAAUUUGCGAAACAUUGCAAUACAGUAAUCAUUGUGUCAACUUCUUCUUGUAUGCUGUAACGGGGAAGGCAUUUCGGCACGAAUUAAAACGUCUAUUUCAUACGUGUACAUCGUCAAUAAACUUUCAAAAAAAAAAUAGAGCAUGUCGACCAAAGCAUGUGAAUAUGAUCGAUGAUUAUAAAUACACUGGAAACAAUAAGAAUGAAGCAUUGGUAUUAUGUGGAGAUCAACUACCAUCACCUCGUCACUUCUUUAAUAACAACAGUAGACAAACUGCACAAUCACUGCCACUAUCAGAGAGACCCUUGGCACAAAACAUGUUGCGGUAUCAUCAUUCAUCUGAUACAUUCGCAUUACCAGUGUUAGACACAAGGACAAAUAGCAACAUUAGUUAUCGAUCCAACAGAAAUACGAGUAUGAAUAAAAAAAAGUCGAUCUACAUUCAGCGAAUAUCAAACGUGUAG